AUGGAUUUUCAUGAAAUGAAGAGGAAGAGACUGCAGGCCCUGUGCAAGAAACAUGGCAUCCCUGCAAAUUUGAGGAACAGUGACAUGGCAGACAGACUCUCUUUCCUUUUCAAGGAAAAAGAAAUAGAAGAUCCUGUAGGUUCUGGAAAUGCUGGAACGAAGAAAGACACUACCCUUCAUUGUGUUGGUGGCAAAAUUGUGGAAAUGAUUGAUUUGGUGACUCCUAGCCCUGGUUUAAAGGAAAGGAGUGUUUUACUUGCCAAGCAUUUGAAAGGUUCAGAGAUUGAAAGGUUGGAAUUUGAAUUAAAUUUGUCCCCGGAAAUAACAAGGGAAGAGUUUGGAAUUUGUGGGGUUGAGGAAGACAUGAAAAGUAGACUCAAUAAAGAGCAUGUUGAUAGUCAGGGAGGUUUACAUUUAGCAACCGUGGCAGUAGUUUUGGAUGAAUUUAACAACCAUUUCGGGGAGGAAGAAGUUGAGAAGUUGAGUGACAAAAAUAAUCUUAUUGGAAACGGAAGAGACAAAGCUGAAGAACAAGGCGACCAUAAUAGGCUCCAAGGAUCAAAUAUGAAAGAUGUGAAUGCUUUACAUGCUUCUAAAGAGGAAUCUGGCUCCUCUAUGGUGGAAGAAGAUAAAGCUAUAGAACAAGGCGACUGCAUUAGCCCUCAAGGAUCAAUCAUGAAAGAUGUGCAGAUUUUACAUAUUUCUCAAAAGGAAUCUGAUUACCUUGUGGUGGAAAAAGAUGAAGCUGUAGAACAAGGCGACCACAAUAGCCCUCAAGGAUCAAACAUGAAAGAUAAAAAUACUUUGCACGCUUCUGAAGAGGAAUCUAGUUUCCCUAUGGUGGAAGAAGAUAGUGCUUUGGAACAAGGUGACCACAAUAGCUCUCAAGGACGAACCAUAAAAGAUGCUAAGAUUUUACAUGUUUCUCAAGAGGAAUCUGGUUACCCUGUGGUGGAAAAAGAAGGCGACCAUAAGAUCCCUCAAGGAUCAAGCAUGAAAGAUGUAAAUAUUUUACACGCUUCUGAAGAGGAAUCUGGUUUCCCUAUGGUGGAAGAAGACAAUGGUUCAGAACAAGGUGACACUGACCACAAUAGCUCUCAUGGACCAAGCAUGACAGAUGUGAAUGUUUUACAUGUUUCUCAAGAGGAAUCAGAUUACCGUAUUGUGGAAGAUGUAGGUGUCGAACAAGGUGACACCAAUAUCCCUCAAGGACCAAACAUGAAAGAUGUGAAUGUUUUAGAUACUUCUCAAGAGGAAUCUGGUGAUCCUAUAGUGGAAGAAGGUGUAGAUGUAGAACAAGGUGACCAGAAUAGCCCUCAAGGGCCAAACAUGAAAGAAGUGAAUGUUUUACAUGUUUGUCUAGAGGAAUCUAUGGCGGGAGAAGAGGAAGCUGUAGAACAAGGUGACCACAAUAGCCCUCGAGGAUCAAACCUAAAAGAUGUGAAUGUUAUGCAUAUUUCUCAAGAGGAAUUUGGUCACCCUAUGGUAGAAGAAGUUCAGAAAUCUAAUGAUAAUAUUUGUAAUGGCAAUGUCUACAAUCUCUUGAACACUGAAUCUGAAGUUGAUGCCAAGAAAACUGAUGGAAAGACCAAUUUAACUGCAGAACAUUCUGCAGAUGAUGUUCUUUCUAGUUUAAACCAAUAUUCAGUUGGCACACCAGAUAAAUUUCAGAAAAGUUAUCCAGAAAAUGAUGUCAAGUCUAGUGGUCUUAAUAUUCAUCAAGAUAAUUGCGAAGAGGAGUUGAAAUCGCCACAAAAGAUGGGUUCCAUUGCAGAUCCAGUGGAAUGCAUUGGAUUUUCUCCCUAUAACCUUGAAGCUUCAGUGGUUGAGAGCUUUCAGUCUGAAACAUAUUUUUAUCCGAGUACACUUGGAGAUGUAGGAACUUGUAACAUGAAAGAAAGCAUGCAAAGUUACAAGAUGGAGAAAGCUGAAUACAGUCAAGAAGCUUUGCACACAUCAGCCAAUGUGAAUCUUUUACUCAAAUCUAUGGAGGAGUGCAAUAUGCACACAGAACAGGGAGAAGUUAUUGGGUUGUUUGACGACUCUAAUGUUCAGGAUGAUGAUGCUAUAAAUGGGAGAUCUGAAAUUGAUACCAGGUGCCUUGACAUGUCCAUACGUGCCAUCAAUAAGGACGGGAAGACCAAUUUGACUGUCGAACAAUUUACAGAUGAGCUCCAAUCUUCUACUUUUGAAGAUUCCGAUGGGACACCAGUUCAGUUUCUAUCAAACGAUGCAUUAAGUGAAGUGAAGUCUGAUUUUAAUAUUCAUGAACUGGUUGUUUCAGGCAUUGUGAUAGAAAAUGUUGAUAACUCUAAAACGAAGUUUAUAUCUUCAAGAAAAAUAAGUUUAAGCCCAGCUUCAGAGAGGAUGAUUGAUUUUUCUGCCAACCAGCUAAAUAAUUCAGAGACUAAAGCGUUGCAGUUCAAAACAAUUUUUUUCCCGGACACAGCUAGAGUUGAUAAUGGAAUCGGUGAUGUGGAGGAGAACAUGCAGUUGGAUGUCAAUCAGGAGCAAGUUGAUGACAGUCAGCAACUUAUACAUGCCGCAUCUUGUGUAAUGGACUUGAACAAUGAGGAUUUUGUACAGGGUGCUUGUGAUGAAGUUGGAGACUAUUUGUUGGAGGAAGAAAUUAAGAAGUCAGGCUUUAUUGCUGAUUCAAAGGAAGUUGAUAUUGGAAUUUGUGAUGUGGAGGAGAACAUUCAAAUUCAUGCCAAUGAGAAGCAAGUUGAUGAAAGUCAGCAUGCAACAUCUAGUGUAAUGAUCUUGAAGAAUGUGGAUCUUGUACAGGUUGCUUUAGUGGAAGUUGGAGACCAUUUGUUGGAGGGAGAAGUUGAGAAGUCAGGUCUGAAUGCUGAUUCAGAGGAAUGCAUUGAGAUUUUGUCCAAUAACCUUUUGCCUUCCGCAACAAAAGGCUUUGAGGAUGAAACAUAUUGUGAUCGAACUACACUUGGAGAUGUUGUGGAAACUUGCAAAAUGGAAGAAAGGAUGCCAAGUGAUCAGAUGGAGAAAGAAUACAGUCAGGAAGUUCUGCAUAGGGCAAAUGAAUUGGUUCUUUUACUGAAAUCUACAGAGGAAAGUGAUUCGGUGCUGGAAGAAAUUACCAGGUUGUUUAAUAACUCUGAUGAUCAUGAAGAUGAUGGUGUAACUGGAGCAGAAAAUGGCAAAAAUCAAUAUAAUAUGAAGAGGGACAUGGAUGGCAUUGAAAAAUAUUUGCUCAACGAUUUCCACUCUAUUCAUGAUGCAAGUGGUCAAAAUUCAGAUGAGAAUGCUCCAACUAUGUCCCAACAUGGUGAAAUGAAGUUAAGCACUUUUAACCUUCAAAAAAUGUCUGCAUCAGGAACUUUUUGUGGAGAUGAAUUGGAAACACCACCAAAGUGUACACCAAUUCCUAAGCUCGGGGAAUCAUCUAUGAAGAAAGAGUUGAAGAUUGUAUCGAGUAUGCCUGUGAAACGUGCAAGGGAUAUUCUUGGAGCUAGUGACAUGAAAGAGAACAAUAAAAUUUCCAAGAAGGAGCAAGUUGGCACUAUCAUAUCAAGGACUGCAUUUCCUAAGAGGAAACCUCUACAGGAUCUUCAACAGAACUGA